GGUUAGGCUAGGUGGAAAAAUUUGUCGAGAGAAGCGGUGGCAGAGCGUAGGGGCGAGUGCGAGCCUGGCCAAGCCUGGUGGAGCCUGGGCGUCCUGACACAACCCGAGGGACCUUGUUCGCCGUGACGUUGUUCCGCCCUGUACGUUGCCGCUCGGUACCUCGCCAUGGUCGAUCAGGCUGCCGCGCGUACCGUCGCGACGUCGCGAUAGCGUGCUGCGUAAGGAGCGCAAACGCCGCGGACACAUCCGUGCCAACCACCGAAGCACAUGGAUGCGACUAACGGACAGAAGCCCCAUGUGGGGCAACCUUCAACUGGAGGGGUAUCUACCUCUGACAAGGGUAAGGAGUGGCAAAUGGAAUUGCUGAUGGAAAAAUUACGCUCCAAGGCUUCUACAUUUAAACCUUUGGUGGAGACUGCGAAAAACAUGCGCAUGGCCAUGUUGGAUAAACGAUUCGCAAUCGACAGCAUAGAGAAGAAUCAAUUGCAGAAGUGUUUGGACACCCUGCAGCAUUCUAUCAAGGUUACUUCCUUCCAGUCUAUGGUAGAACGUUUAGAAAGUUUGGCAAGGCAGUUAGGAUUAAAGUUCAUGAUGUCUGGUCCUCCAGGCACGGAAAUAUUCAUAUCCUCCGACAUGUUCUUCUUGGAGGUCUUAUUAGAGCCGUCAGGGCUUGUUAGAGAUGUUAAAAUCCAUCAUGAGGGAAAAAGUGAGCAGCAGAGUUGCGAAGCGCUCGCAUCGGUUUUGUCGCGCGGUGACUUUGUCGAUUUUACCACGCAGCUGGAAGGAUUGGCGUCGAUAUAUCAGUUGAACGCUGAUAAGAAAGUUAAGUGUAAGGCAUUCAGCGCCCUGCAAUCCCUCGAGGCUGACCUGGGUAUUUUGGCACAGCUGCAAACCUUCAUGAAAGAGCCAUUCAAUCUGGUCCACAAGAGUCCUGUUGGAAUUUUGGAAAGAAGAAAAGGUGGCCACCCGAUGAAAUUGACGUAUUUUGUUUCGCCAUACGAUUUGAUUGACGAAGAGAAUCGAACCUACGACACUCUUAAUCCUGAAACUAUCGUUAAAAGAAAGAUCGGACACUCGGUAACCGUUUGCAUGGAAGGUUCGACAGGUCAUAAACUGCCUACUUCUAGUAUUAUAACUGUAAACCGAAGUCCUACAGGCAAGAGUACUCCUUCGUACGCUCCGUUGACCAGUACAAAUUCCUCCAUGUUGCCUGCCUGCUUCGUGUUGAAACUCGGCAAGAAGAUGCCCAUUUGCAUGGAGUUGGUGAAGAGGAUACAGAAAGUCACGGAGCUCGAAUGCGGCGACAUCUCCGCGCCGCAUCCACUGCUCAGUUUGAUAAUACAGCACGCAAGCGAUGGCCAGCUGGAUUGUCGAAGCAACAAAGGCUUAUAUGUGACCCUGCCGGAUCAGCAACACUGCUACUUCAUGACGGAAAACAAGAACAUGGAAGGCGUGCUGGUGUGCAGUAUCCCUUUCACGCAUCCCGCGCACGUGCCGCCAAUUCUGGUGUACCUGCGGCAGCAGGCGCUGUUCAAUUGCCUGAUCGCGAGCUGCGUGCGGCCCAUGGCACGCCAGGAUCCUGAACAUACGACUAUACUCGAGGUAAGCGCCCUUUCGUGGCAACACAUCAGCGUGAGCGUGGAGCAUCCGUACGAGGAGUCAAUGGCCACCGCGGAACUGGACCUGACAGACAUAUCUACGCUUAAAUGCCGGUUGUACGGCGUGAGUAUGACAAACGCGGAACAGACAUCGGAUCUCAGCGGUAGGGUGCUGCAACGUUGCCUCAGCAUCCCGUUGACCAUGCGAAUGUUGCUGAAAAUUUGGGAGGGUCGUUCUUUGCCCGCAGUGAUGAACAAUCUGACCAGCGGUAGCGGCAGUAGCAACGGUAGCUACAAUCUCAAUCUAGGAUCCGGCGGUAAGGAUCAGACUGGACAAAACGCGUCCGGCACCGCGUCCGGCAUGCCGGAUUUUACGAAUGGCGAGACAAAAGUGAAGCAAGAACCAGGUUUGAAUAACGGCAGUAACGGAUGCAUGGGAGGCAGGCAAGCACAGCAACAACAGCAAUCGUCAUCGAGCCAGUUGCAACAGCAGCAGCAGCAACAACAGCAACAGCAGUCUUUUUUAGAUGCCGGAACGGAAAAUAGUAUCGGUUUUCCGUCGUAUUCCGGCCAAUCCGAUACGACGACGGUGACGAUGGGCACCGCUGGGACGAACAACGCAUCUGCCUCUAUGCUAAACCCAUUGCAGCUUGGUGCUUUGCUAGGACAGGCAAAAAACUCCCUGGCGGGUAAUUCAAGCACGAAUGAGCGCGGCAAAAAGACGCGGAAAAGAAAGGCAGGCACGGACGGUCUUUGGCGUAGUCCCAAGCGAAAGAAUGACGGCGGAGACAGUAGCACCGCGACGGAGAUUCUGCUGGAGAGCUCGAGCUCGGAGAACUCGACGCCGCUGGGAACCCCCACGGGCGGCCGCGAGAAUCUCGCAUCGGAGACUAGAACAUCUACACCAACCUCGGCCACUAGUUUGACAAGCGGCAUAGAUUUUUCGAAUUUGGACGCUACCGAUGUACCCGAUAAGAGUGCCACGGAUUAUGAUCUCGACAAUUCCGAGAGAGACAGCGAGAUCAUGGAAGUGCAAGCACACAGCGGCCCGGAGCAACAGCAACAACCGCAACAGCAGCAGCCGCAGCAAGAUAUCGAGGAGUUGAUAAAGAUACGCGAAUCCUCAUCAUCGCGCAAGUCGAAGAAAAAUCGAAGUGGUGGUGGUGGUGGUGGUAGUGGUAGUAGUGAAGAGAAAAAAUCGAGCCCAACAAAUAUCUUCGUCGACGAGACGUCGACGACGAGCAGUGGCAACAAAGGUCUGCCGGUGCCGCCAUCAGUAAGUAUUACUCCGAUCUCGUGCGGUAACCUGGAUCAAACGAGCACCACCAACUACAACUCCGUAUUGACGGGCAUGGGUUUGGAAAGGAGACCAGGCAUCGAGAUUAUACCCAUCGCCUCAUCGCCGUCGCAGACUAGUCUACCAAGCUCGAUCACCAUCACGCCGAUUGCCGGCCCGACAUCAUCGUCAAAAACCAGCGGCUUAACGAGCGCAACGGAAGACCGGCAGCGAAGCGAAAGGAAGAGUGGCGGCGGCAAGAGCAGUGGCAGCAGUAGUAAAAGCAGCUCCGAGGAUAAUAAGAGCGGCGGAACCAAGAUAGAGAAACGACGCAAACGUAAACGAGAGGACAGCCCGAUGGGUCCACCACCGGACAAAGUCCCGUCAGGUGGCAAACAGCAGCAAGACCCACUCUCUAAGCCGGUGUCGGUGAGUAUCAAGCCGAGCACCGAACAAUCACCGCCGAGCGGUGGUAGCACUGGCGUCGGUCUGAGCUGCUCAUCUUCGCGGCCUACUUCGCCCGCAGCCGUAAGGAAGUUCAGUCCGUCGCCCACGAGUUCACUCGCCACGCUCGUAGGUAAGUCUAGUCCUACCUUGAAGGUGAGCCAGACGGCAGCAGCAACCUGCGGCAAACCAGUGCAAAGCCCGAAGCACUCACCCGUCUACGGCAGCAGUCCGAAGCACAACGCGUCGAACGUCCCGGUGGUUCCUAUGUCGGUCCCGAUGUCAUUAACCGUGUCUACGGUACCCAACACAGUAGGCAGUAUGCCGUCCGUGGCAGUGUCUGUACCGGUCCCAGUACCUGCUAGUGCGAGUCCGAAACAUGGCAGUACCUCAUCUCCGAAACACGGCAGCUCGGCUGCGAGCAGCGGCAAGCCCAGUAUGUCCGCCUUGAAAUCGGCAGCAAAUUCGCCGUCUGGUAAGAGCAGUGGCAGCAGCUCUUCAGACACGACGGCAACUUCAUCCAAAGUCAAGUCCUCCUCUUCGUCCUCCAGUAAGGAUUCUUCCAGUCGUGGAGAUAAAGAGAGACGAACGUCAUCCAUCGGUUCGUCUGGCGGUUCGGGCGGUGGCCAUCAGAGUCCCAAGACUAAGUCCUCCAGCGGUAAGCUGAAGCAGCUGGAGUUGAUCAGUCCCGGCGGCGGUGCUACACAGGUCUCCUCUCUGCAGGCCUCUGGUGGAAGCACUCCACCAUCUGGCCAGGUUGACGCAGCGAGUAAAUCUGCGAUUGCGGCCCAACAGGCACGGAAUCGCAAGAGUUCUCUCAACGCUGUCAUCGAUAAACUGAAGAACGCGCAGCAUUGUACCGAAACCGAUACCUGUGGGAACGGUGGCGGUACCGUAAAGAGCAGCGGAUCCUCUGGUCUUGGCGGUAAUACUGGCGGUAUAAGCAGUACUGGACAGAAAGAGAAGAGUAUCGGCAGCAGUGGCUCGUCAUCGUCGAGCGGAGGGAAGACUAUUGUCGAGGGUGGCAAGUCCUCUUGCGUCACCAAAAAUGCGUCCGUGGAGACGAAGAAUCCCGCCGAAUACAUGGUAAAGCACAGCUCGGACGGCAUCAAAAUUACCAUCAAUAAAACUCGUACCAAGGAUUCAAAACAGUCGGCCGCCAAUCUAAAGCUGACGUCCUCGGGAACGAUGGCGACUGCGACUUCAUCAUCGAGCUCCUUGUCGUCUGUGGCUUCUUCGUCAUCGUCGUCAUCGUCGUCCGGCAAUGUAAUCGCCGGCAGCAAUGGCUCGCCAAAAACACAUACGGGUCUCAAACCUGGCGUAAAUUCCGGUCCGGCAUCGAAGAAGCCGCAAACGUUGCAGACUUCACAGAAAUUGUUACCCACGAAGAUGAUGUUGGCUGCCGCUGGCAUAAAGUCCGCCAUCUCUUCCUCGGGUGCGACGAGUACCGGCGGUAGUGCGGGUAUCGCGUCCGCAACAGGCGGCAUCGGAGGAAAUCCCCUAUCGAAGGGUUCAUCCUCCAAAGCUUCCGGUUCACCCAAGACGAGUUCCGGGGUGACUGAUCUGAGCCGUGGACGAGACAAGCCUAGAAUUCCAAAAUCCGGUGACAAGGGAAUAUUUGCGUCAAAGAGCCUCGGCGAUGCCAGGAAGUCGAGCCCGUCCGCACUGCGGGAAGAGAGCGAGAGCGAGCGCGCAUUCAAACUGUUGGCCGCUCACGCAUCUAUUUCCAGCCUUCCGCCAAGUCUGCCGCCUCAAUUAGUGAUGGAGGGCUUGAUGAAGCAGCUAGACACUAAAUUUCAGAUACCGAAGCUGUCGGCCCGCGCAAACGUCGCGGACACUACCGAUAAGAACAAAUCAGACAAGUUGUCGAUACUGUCCGAUUCUACCAAACAGACUCUCGACGGUCUGAAACAGGAACAGGGCAAGAUCGCUGGUCUGUCCAACGUCAGUAUGUCGGUAUCCAAGUCGUCGCUAUCAGACGACCAAUCGAGACGGGACCAUUCGCAGAAUAAACCGGACAAUCUGUCAAUCUCCACGUCCGUCGCUGGCGCGAUGUCCUUGAAUCUCGUCGGAGAAAACGCUGGUUUGAUGUUGCCUCCGCAAUCGGCUGCCGAUUCAGAUGUACCUACGAAUCUGUGCAUUCAACCGAUGGUAGACAACGAGCCUUCCCGCGACUCCUGCAAGGAUCUGGGAAUGAGGCAAACAUCGGGCAGUCAGCAAUUUCUCGGCAAGAUCGACGAUACAAGCGCCGGUGGAAUCCUCUCCAAGGGCAACGUUCCCGAUCAGUUGGCGUCGUCAGGCGCCAAGUCCUACGCAACGAUGACAGGUUCCAGCGCUUCGACCGCACCGAGCGGCGCCGCAAUCGUUGCCGAGAGUCUAAAUCUGAGUACGAAGCCUGCCGACCAGGCAGCUCUGCAAACCAAAUACAAUAAGAUCACCGAGGAGAAGAAACAGCAGAUAUUAUCUACGUCAUCAUCGUCGUCUUCCUCCACGUCAUCAUCUUCAACCUCAUCGUCGUCAUCGUCGUCGUCGAUUUUCUCGUCCUUGGGUAGCGCUGCGACUACGUCAGAUGGUAAUCCGAGCGUCGUCAUGACAUCCGACAGCGUUGGCGGCAGCGCUGGCGGCACCGGCAGCGGCAGUGGCAACGGCAGUGGCAGUGGCAGUGGUAGCGGUGGAGAACAGGAGGUAGCGGCAGCCGCGGCAGCGGCGGCAGCGGAGAUGCUACUGGAUUUCUCCACGGCGAAUAAAGAUCCAAUAACGAAAGGGAGUCACGGCCUGCCGACGUCUUUGGCUCAGCAUCACCUAACGACGAUUCCAGAGCGGGCGAUGACCCAAGCCGCGCCGACGGUGCGUCGCAAUACACCACCUCCGCCGCCACCCCCGCCGCCACUUCCGGCUCCGUUCCCGCCCGCCGCCAGUCCGUCCGUCAGCGUGCACAUCGUCAAGAGCCCGGCACCGAGCCCCCGGGUCAUCCCACCCUCGCCCCACUCGUCCGCGUCGCCUUGUAUCACCGACGACGAACUCAUGGACGAGGCGCUGGUCGGUAUGGGUAAAUGAAGAUUACUCAAACUGUAAGCCAAGACAGAAUACUCGCUUCUUUCAUUCUUAAACGUUCUAAGACCAGGACAGAGGAGACCCACCGGCAACGGGAGCACUCCCAACUUUUCUCUCCAAAUUAUGUAUCCAUCUUUUUCUCCGAAUUUAGAAAUUAUUCAAAUAUUCUCUUUCUCUCAUUCUCUCUACUCUGGUGGACCACUCUAUAUGUGUUAUCGACUAGAUUUUUAAUUGUAGUCUCCGCAUUGACCUGUUGAAGCUCAUGAAUGAUCGUAUUUCGAUAGAUUACGUUCGUUGUGACCGACUCGAAAAAACUCAUAUACGAAUAUAUAUUUCGUGUUUCUGGGACGUUCAAGUCGAUGUACUUUGAAACUCGAAUGCGAGAAGAAUGCUAGAGUGGUUUUACUUUCCACUCUGAAAGAUGAAUGGAAGUGCGUAAAUAUGUAUAAUACGUAUGUAUCAUAGAAAAGAGCGAGAGAGAAACUGCGAAACUAGCGAGCGCGGAGAUGAGUUUUUGUCGAGCAGAAUCAUAAAAUUUUUACUGUGUAACGAUGAUGAUCGAUAGAAAAUGAGUCUCUCCAGACUGAACUAACAAGGACAAACGAACGAACAUAGUGAAGCUUUCCUUUGAAGAGAAAAGAGAUAGAGCAUGUUUAUUAUUGUAACUGAUUCUCGACUCAUUCAAAUUUGCGACACUGUCCGCAUAUAUCGAUUUCGCAUCAAAUAUUGUGGCGUCAACGCGCAAGAAUAUAUAAACUUAAAUUUAUACGUAUAUAUAAAUUACUUCUAUCUCAAUAUAACAAGCUAAU